AUGGUUUCCAAGAAAUUGAGAGUUAACUACGUUAUUGGUCCAGAUAAGCCAGAUACCAACAAUGCUAAUGUUAGCCAAGCUUCCGUUCAACAACAACAAGCUCCAGUGCAGCAAUCUCCUGUUCAACAACAACCUCAAUACAACCAACAACCAUCUCAACAAUCAAUUCCUCAACAACAAAGCCAUUCUAAUGUUGGUGCUGGUGUUGGCGGUGCUGCUGUAGGUGCUGCCGCUGCUGGAGCCGCUGCUGUUGGAUACAACCAACAACACAAUGGCGAUAGCUCAUUUAACCAAGGUGCUAACAGAUCUUUUGAUACUUCUUCAAUUAAUGGUUAUCCUCAACAACAACAACAACAGCAACCACCACAACAACAAUUCCAACAAGGUGGUUACCAACAACAACAACAACCACCUCAACAACAACAAUAUCAACAAAGUGGUUACCAAGGUGCUGGCUAUGGUGCUGGUGCUGGUGCUGCUCAAGCUGCUUCCCAACCAUCCCCAGAAGUUCAACGUGAAUUGGAAGCUUUGGCUAGACAAGUCCAAACUUUGUCUACUAAAUUGGAUCAAAAUGAAAAGGCUGCUUCUAGAAAUAGUGUUUCUAACUUGGUUUCUAGCAGUGAUGAAGUUAAUGGUGUUUCCUUGCCAGUUGCUUUAGUUUUAGUACUCAUUGCUUUCCUCCUUGGUUGGUUAGUAUUUUAA